GGCAAGAGGGAGAAGAAGACGCUGGUGCUGAGGGACAGAAAUCUGUGUGGCUUGACUGAAGAGAAGCACAAUCCCAGUGGCACGGGCAAUGUGGUGUGCUGCAGUGACCAAAAUGAUAAUCCAGAAGUGAAGCCCCAUUCCUACCUGGAAGCUAUUUGCAGUGGGCUGGAGGACCCGGUGGCUGGAGGCUCCUGUGCUGAUGCAGAGCAGUUGUGUCCCUACGCUGCAGCGGGCGCCUGCCACUUCGGAGAGCGCUGCCUCUACAUCCAUGGGGACGUGUGUGAGAUAUGUGGGCUGCAAGUCCUCCACCCCUUCAACCAGGAGCAGAGGAAGGCUCACGAGAUGAUGUGCAUGGCGACAUUCGAGCACGACAUGGAGAAGGCCUUUGCCUUUCAGGCAAGUCAGGACAAAGUGUGCAGUAUCUGCAUGGAAGUGGUGUAUGAGAAACCAUCGGCCUCUGAGAGGAGGUUUGGGAUCCUUUCCAACUGCAACCACACGUAUUGCUUGUCCUGCAUCCGGCAGUGGAGGUGUGCCAAGCAGUUCGAGAAUCCCAUCAUAAAGUCUUGCCCCGAGUGCCGUGUGAUAUCCGAGUUCGUCAUUCCCAGCGCGUACUGGGUAGAAGACCAGGAGAAGAAAAACGAGCUGAUUGAAGCAUUUAAGCAGGGAGUGGGGAAAAAGCCCUGCAAGUACUUUGAACAAGGGAAGGGAACAUGCCCGUUUGGAGGGAAGUGUCUUUACCUUCACGCGUACCCGGAUGGGACCCGAGCCGAGCCUGAAAAGCCAAGGAAGCAGCUCAGCUCCGAGGGCACGGUGCGG